AUGUCAGUACAAGAUACUCGUAAAUUAACUUCUAUAUUACGAUCGAUUCAAGUAAUCGAAGAUAAAGCAAAUACAAUUUAUUCUGAAUUUACAAUAUCCAAUAAUGAUAUUGAUCGUUCACAAACAACACCUAUUGAUGAUACAAAUACGCAUUUACAAAUAUUUUUUCAACAUCUUGAACAAUUGUUACAAAUUGAUUUAAAAAACCGAAGAUCAUUACUAAAUAAUAAACGAAAUUAUUGGAAUUUUUUUGUCCUAGCACUUAAAGAAAGUAAAGGUUUAUAUGAUACAGUAUUAUAUGUUCUUAAUACACAAGAUGUAAAAACUUCUAUUGGUCGUGGUCGUUUAUUUCUUCGUUUUUGUUUACAAAAUCAUCGUUUAGGUGAUGUUAUACAACAAAGUUUUAUGAUGACUAAACUUGUGAAACAAUUUUAUAAUGAUGAAUGUUUUUGGACAAAAUCAAUCUAUAUGAAUCGUAUUAUUCAAGCACUAUAUCAAUUAAAUGAUGUUCAAUUUGAUCUUCUUUCAACUUUAUCUUAUCAACUUGAUGUUUGUUGGCCUACAGCAGAAUCAAUUGAUUGUCAUUCAAAAUUUUCACCUGACGUCAUAUCACGAUUACGUACAGAUAGUAUAUCUAGUUUCUUAUCAAUGGACAGUCUUCCUUCACAAUUGAUGAUUUCAUCUUCUCCUAUAACUCCAUCAUCAUUUCAAAAUCUUGAAAUAUCUAUAAAUGAUGAUAGUUCAGCUUAUUCAAUUUCAUCUAUUGAUGAAUAUCCAGAAAAUAAUUUAGAUUAUUGGAAAGAUCGCUAUCAACAAUUAGAACUUCAAUUACAGUCUAAACAUGAUAAGUUACAUAUGAAUAAUGUUGAAACUCAAUGUUCAAUAGAUAAACAUGAUCAGAUAACUCAAACAAUCGAUAAUAAAAAAUUAAUCGAUGAAAGUAUAUUGAUAAGUGAAACCGAAAAAAUAAAAUCUCAAAGAGAUGUAUUACAACAUGAAGUUAAUAAUCUUAAUUUUCAACUUUCGACUUUUAUGAUUCAACAUUCAACAAUAGAAAAUAAACUUAAAGAACAUGAACAUGAAAUAGCCAAAUAUCGAGCUUUACUAGAAACGAAAGAUAUGGUUUUCAAUGAGUUACAACGUAAGUUUGAUGAACAAAUCAACAAUCUGAAAUCUAUUCAAGAACAACAUUCGAUUCGUUCAAUUGAACGAGAAAAACAAAUUGAACAUUUGACAAAGAAAUUUGAAAAAACCACAAAAAUGCUUAACGAUGAACGAAUACAAUUUGAAAAAGAACGGGCAGAACUUAAUAAAAUUCAAGAACAACUUGAAGCUUCUUUACAAGAAAAAACACUAGAUUUUGAAGAAAUGAAACGUAGAUUAAUUAAAGCUGUUCGUGAAAAAGCUGAUCUAUUUAAUUCAAUCUAUUCAUAUGAAGUUAAACUGGAGGAAGAACAAUCAAAGCAAUGGAUGCAUGAAGACGAUGUUCAUAAAUGUACAAAAUGUGAAACACAAUUUGGAUGGACUUUGAAGAAAUAUCGUUGUCGUCAUUGUCAUCAGAUAUUUUGUUACUAUUGUUCAAAUCAUUGGGAAGAAGGUCCGACACCAAAUUCUCAACAUCGUUUAUGUGACCGUUGUCAUGAAAAAUCUAUCCAAGAAUCUAUAAUGUCAAAUUAUACAAUCAUUGAUGAUCCAGAUAAUGAUAAUGAAACAAAAACUGAUGUUAAUCUCAAAUUUGAAGUACGAUCUGAACGGCUAAUUCUACCAACUGACAAUCAAUCGUCAUCUUCUGAGCAAUAA